ACCACCAUAGGAAUCAUGGCCUCGGAGCGCGGGCCCAAAGCCAAUCCCUCACAGCAACCACGGCGCAAGUCGCACACCAGCGCACCCAUCGACGAGGACGCCCGCGCAAUUGCAGAAUUCACCGAAAAAGCCACCCAAAAAUAUGGUCGCGGCGACAGGAUACGGCCAAAAUCAGUAAAAGACAAGAAACUGCGGGCAAAUAUCAAAUCGCUCGAAGCCAAGAACAAGCAGGCGGCGAUAGAGGCGAAGAACGUCGAGGUGCUACUUGAGAACAAUGCUGGGCUCCUAGAACCCGAACAUGAACUGGAACGCACAUAUCGUGUGAGGCAAGACGAAAUCAAGCGAGAAGUCAGUCUCGAGACAGCAAAGAAAGGGUUUGAGCUGCAAUUAGACAGCCUUGGGCCGUACGACGUAUGUGAAUACACUCGGAACGGGCGUGAUUUGCUCAUUGCGAGCCGCAAAGGCCAUGUCGCAACGUUUGACUGGAGAGAUGGAAAGCUGGGCUGCGAACUACAACUCAACGAAACGGUGCGGGAUGUGCGAUGGCUGCACACAAGCAACCAGAAAAAUUUCGCCGUCGCCCAAAAAAAAUGCGUCUACAUCUACUCGGGCGAUGGCGUGGAAAUGCACCAGCUCAAAAAUCAUUCGGAAGCGACACACCUGGAAUACCUCCCGUACCAUUUCCUCCUCGCAUCGGUAUCCACAGCAGGCAUAAUACGGUACACAGAUGUGUCAACUGGUCAAUCGCUACAGCAGCUAUACACAAAACUCGGCCCCGUCACGGCGUUUGCACAAAAUGCACACAAUGCAAUCCUGCACGUUGGCCAUCAAAAAGGCCUUGUGACUCUAUGGUCGCCCAGCAGCGCUACGCCCCUGGUCAAACUCCUCCCACACCGCGGACCCGUGCGAAGCAUUGCAAUCGACAGGUCAGGAACUUAUAUGGUUAGCACGUCUCAAGACCGGCGCAUGUCUGUCUGGGAUAUUCGUAUGUUCAAGGAGAUGCACCAACACCACCUGCGGGUACCGGGUACUACACUCUCCAUCUCCGAUCGCAACCUCACGGCCGUAGGCUACGGCACUCAAGUGUCCAUCUACAAAGACGACAUUUUCCGGCGGAGUCUCGAAGACCACUCACAACCAACCAUGCCAUACAUGGGCUGGGGCGGCGAAGGUCUCAAUGUCGGGCGCGUGCGCUUCUGUCCUUUCGAAGACGUCCUUGGCAUUUCGCACGACAAAGGCUUCUCCUCUAUUCUUGUCCCCGGCUCCGGAGAACCCAACCCAGAUUCUCUUGAACCAGGCACAAACCCCUACGAGACGUCGAAGCAGCGCCGCGAGACAGAAGUCCAUGCCCUUCUCGAGAAGCUGCAGCCCGAAAUGAUUGCUCUUGACCCGAAUUUUGUCGGUAACCUUGAUCUGACUUCUCACGAGGAGCGCCAAAAAGAAUAUCGCGCGCAGAGGGGAGAGCGAGAGCCGGAUAAGGUGGAUUUGCUGAAGAAGCGGGGUAAAGGAAGGAAUUCGGCGCUGCGCAGGUAUCUCCGGAAGAAUGGAAGCAGGAAUGUUAUAGACGAGGAGAAGGAGCGCGCGCGAGAGGCGCUGAAGAAUAUGCAGAAGAGACAGAUUGAGCGCAAGGAGAGGAUGAAGAAGGAGUAUGGUCCGGCGCUGGAGAGGUUUGCAAGGAAGUAG